AUGUGCAACUUGUUUAAUUCAUUUGCCCAUCAGAAUUAUCAACAACAAGCUUCACAUUGUGAUUGCCUCAUGUUGUCAGUGGUUGGUGAAAUGUUAAUGUGUCUGGAGACAGUCGAAGGCUCAAAGGAAAAGAAAGAAAGAAACAUAAAGAAUAACAACAACAGAAAAAAAGUGAUGAUAACAACAUUUUUGAGAUGUUUAAAGGAGCCUUGUGGAAUUUGA